AUGAGAUGUACGAAUGACUGGGAAAGGUGUGCUGGGGGAAACGUCGAGCGUCAACCUUUGACGAGCAAGGAUCAGGAAACAAACACAUCGUCGUCGUUGCUCACAAUACCGCGCCGUCGACCUGGUGAUCUGGCAAGACCAACUCGACACGCGGAGUCGCUCCACAGCACAGUACAGAAGUACGAUGACGAGAACACGGAUCGCUGA